AUGAAAUGUUUUACUGGAGUCGGUCCUAUCGGAUUACUAAGUCUAGCGAACUGUUUAGUAGCAUUUGCUGUGGUUGUGGCCUUCUUCGUCUGUUUUGCUCCAUUUCAUGCUCAAAGACUAAUGACUCUGUAUAUUAAACGAGAGCAAUGGACACCUGAAUUGCUCACUGUACAAAGUUACAUCUUCUACGUAUCAGGUGUUUUAUAUUUCCUGAGUUGUACGUUAAAUCCUAUUUUAUACAACAUGUUAUCUCGUAAAUACCGCCAGGCCUUCAAACGGACGCUGUGUCGCUGCUGUCUCAACAUUCAUUCACUUCCUGCAUUCUACAAACUUAAAGCUAUAUUUAUUGGUAAAGAUGGCGCUGCUACGUCAUCUCAACCAGACGACAAACUUCUUGGCAUUCAUCCUGUCAAAGCGAUUCGAUUGACGAAAUUCAGUCAGCAAGAUUUCAGGAAACAUCAACCAUCCACUAAGGAAACUUCCAUCAGACAAUCUUAUUCUGGAUCCAGUUCGGGUAGUGCGCAUGCCCAUUCAGACGGUCGUCUGCAGCAGUUAUGUAGACACAAAUAUUGCAAUAGUCACCGUGCAAGAUUCAGUGCGUUAGAGAAUUCAAGUUGGUGCAGGAAUGAAUUCAUUUCGUUUCCGGAAAAAGUGAACGGUACAAAGGGAAGCUACUCUUCGGACAAAUAUAACUACAUCCGGUUUUCUGUUGACGAAGCCGGCGAUGGGAAGAGUGAGAUGAAUUCUUUUAGAGUUAACCACAGUUGUGCUUUAUAG